GCCUGACCUCAUCCCCGUGCGCCGCACGCCUGCGCGUUGAAAUUUGUUGGCGCCAAAUGUAGUGGCGGAAAAGACGGAGAAGGAACGAUAGAGACCGAGACAUGGACAUCAGAAGAUUCUUUGGUGGGCUCCCUACUGGGAAAAAACCUGGGAGUGAGGCUUUGGAAAAGAACCAAACUAAAAAUGUUGGCAAGGGAACUUCGAACGCGAAGAAGAAAACUGAUGUUAAGGAAAAAGGUUCACCCAAUUCAAUAUCAGGAAAGCAAAAGCCAAUGCACAGGAAAAAGAACAUUAUUUAUGAUUCAGAUUCUGAAUCAGAAGCGUCUCCUCCAGAUAAGAAAUCCAAAAAGAGUUCCUCCUCCAAACCUAUAAAACCUUCCAAACCAGAGAAUGUUACUGUGGUUUCUGAAACUGAUGAAGAGGAUGAUUUUGUGCGUAGUAGGAAGAUGACCCAGAAACCCAGAGAAAAUGGAAGCCACCCUGGAACGUCGGGCUCUGGAAGGUCCUCAGAUACUAAAUCACAGGUCAAAUUGUCGCAACCUAAACCAGCGAGUCCAGUGAAAUUCACCUGCACUUCAGUGCGUGAUUACUUUGGCACAAGCAAUGUGCAGAGAUCAAAUAAAAAACUGGUGGCUAGCAAAAGGAAAGCACCUUCAGGCAGCACCGAUUCCACAAUAGAUGAUGAGGAACUAGCUCGUCAGCUGCAGCUUGAAGAGGAUGCCGAGCUUGAGAAACAGCUUCACGAGGAUGAGAAAUUUGCGAAAACAUUGGCCAUGUUGGAUGAGCUGCCAAAAAACAAAAAGGCACGCACUGAUUCUGAAGGCCAGGAACUGUCUUUAUCAUUGGUUGUAAAGGCUGAACCCCGAAAAACAGAUGAACAGGCAACAGAACAUUCUGUCAAGAUGUUGAGUGAAACUGACAGCGAUGUGAAAAAUUGCUGCACUGAAAAGCUGGUAGGCAGCAAAACACAAAGUAUGAGGACUUUUUCUCAACAUUCAUCUGAAUCUUCCAGUACUAAAGUGGAAAAGUCAUUUAGUAAAACAUCUCCAGUCAAAACAAGUACAAAACUGGCCAUCAUGAAACGUAAGGAAGAAUUGACACGAGUGAUAGAGAACAGUCCAACAAGACCAGCCCACGAGAAGAGAAUUUCACCAAGGAAAGAAGAGAAAACUGGAUCUUCGAAGAAAGGAGAAACAAAGAGUUCUCCAAAGAAAGAAGAGAGCACUGUCUCUCCAAACAAAGAGAUGUCUCCAAACAAAGGGGAGAAAAUAUCCCCAGAUAAACCUGAGUCCAAGAAUCCAGAGAGCGCUGAAAAGAAGCGUCAGAAUUACCUGGCCUAUCGUAGCUUCCUGAAUCGUGAUGGACCUCGAGCUCUGGGGUCUAAAGAAAUCCCUCGGGGAGCUGAAAACUGCUUGGAAGGACUUUCGUUCGUUAUUACAGGAGUCCUGGAGUCAAUGGAACGUGAUGAUGCCAAAUCUUUAAUUGAACGCCACGGAGGGAAGCUGACAGGAAAUGUUAGCAAAAAAACAAAUUACCUGGUGACUGGCCGAGAAGGUGGACGAGCAAAACUGGACAAAGCAGAGAGUCUUGGAACAAAACAAAUUGAUGAAGAUGGACUGCUGGAUUUAAUCCGUAGAAUGCCAGGAAAGAGAUCCAAGUAUGAGAUUGCAGCUGAAGAUGAGGUUAAAAAAUCAAAUGCUAAUUCAAGAGAAGCUGGAAAGAUCACAGAAAAAGGUGAACACAGCAAGAACACCUUGCCAGUAUCAAAGAAACAAACUGAAGGUAAAAAGAGCAGUCCAUCAGCACCCGAGACUGGUGAGUCUUUGAGAUGUAUGAAGAGGAGUAUUUCAUUCAAAGCAGAACAUUUUACCAAUCAGCCUGCACUGAAGUGUGAACCUCAGCCUCCGACUUCAGCAAAGGAAGAACAGAGUUUGCUAUGGGUGGAUAAAUACAAACCUGCAGCGCUGAAGAAUAUAAUAGGACAACAAGGGGAGCAGAGCUGUGCAAAUAAACUGGUCCGCUGGUUGAAAAAGUGGCAUGUGAACAACUCUGGUGACAGCAAACCUAUAGUGAAAUUUGCUAAAUUUGGUGGGAAAGACGACGGUUCAAGUUUCAAAGCUGCUCUGCUGUCUGGUCCUCCUGGUGUAGGUAAAACAACCACAGCCACCCUAGUCUGUAAGGAUCUGGGGUACAGCUAUGUUGAACUCAAUGCCAGUGACACUCGCAGCAAAAACACACUGAAGGAAGUGAUAGCAGAGUCGCUGAAUAACACGAGUAUCAAAGGAUUCUACUCUGGAACUUCAUUUGUAAGCACCAAACACUUAGUAAUCAUGGAUGAGGUGGAUGGGAUGGCUGGCAAUGAGGACAGGGGAGGAAUACAGGAACUGAUUUCUCUCAUUAAACAAACCAAGAUUCCUAUAAUCUGUAUGUGUAAUGACCGAAACCAUCCCAAGAUCCGUUCAUUGGCUAAUUACUGCUUUGACCUCCGCUUCCAGCGGCCUCGAGUAGAACAAAUCAAGGGUGCAAUGAUGACUGUUGCUUUUAAAGAAGGCUUGAAGAUUGCCCCUCCAGCUAUUAAUGAAAUUAUACUUGCAGCCAAUCAGGAUAUCAGACAGGUUCUGCAUAAUCUCAGUAUGUGGUGUGUGGAAAACAAGACAUUGACUUAUGAUCAAGCAAAGGAAAAUGGCAGCAAGACCAGGAAGGAUAUUAAAAUGGGUCCCUUUGAUGUUGUAAGAAAAGUGUUUGCUGCUGGGGAGGAAACUGUCCACAUGAGCCUUAUAGACAAGUCCGACCUCUUCUUUCAUGAUUACUCAAUAGCACCACUUUUUGUGCAAGAAAACUAUUUGCAUGUGAAGCCUGCAGCUGCUGGGACAAACAUGAGGAAGCACCUCAUGUUGUUGAGUAAGACAGCAGAAAGUAUCUGUGAUGGGGACCUUGUUGAUAAACGUAUCCGUUCUCUGCAGGCAUGGAACCUACUCCCCACUCAGGCCAUUUAUGCCAGUGUGAUCCCUGGCGAAUUGAUGAGGGGAUACAUGUCGCAGUUUCCAAGUUUCCCCAGUUGGUUGGGAAAAUUCUCAUCCACUGGCAAGCACGAACGCAUAGUGCAAGAACUUACCAGGCACAUGUGCUUAAGGACACACGCCAGUAAGCGGGCUAUAAACCUGGAUUAUCUUCCUUACCUGCGGGACACCCUGGUGCUGCCUCUGACACUUCAGGGAACAAACGGUGUUCAAGAGGCAGUUGAAACAAUGGAUGCAUAUUAUCUGAUGAAAGAGGACGUGGAUUGCAUCAUGGAGAUCAGCAGCUGGGGUGGCCGACCUGAUCCCUUCUCAAAACUAGAUCCCAAGGUGAAAGCUGCGUUUACUCGGACCUAUAACAGAGAGACACACUUGACCCCCUAUGCACUGCAAGCUGUAAAGAAAUUGAAACGUGGAAGCGCAGCUGGAUCAUCAUUGGACUCUGAGUUCAAUGAUGAAUUGCAGACAGAGGAUGUGCAAUCAGAGGCAGAGGAUAAUCUGGAAUUUGAUGGAAUGAUUAAGCCAAAGAAGCCUAAAGCAAAAAGCAGAAUGGAAGAAAAAAUACCACAGCAGAAAGGAAGAAAAGACAAGGGGAAGCGAAAGGCAGCAAAAUGAUAUUGUCCAGAGAUCAGCUGCUUUUUAACUGGCUGUAGUUCUGCUGACAGAAAACAGCACUGCAGAGACCAGGCUCAAUGUCUGCUGCUCAAUGACAAUUCAUGCCCAAAUGCAGUUUCUUUUGGAUUCUUUAACUUUUUAUUUACUGUCUUUACUCACUGAAGUAGAGCUGUGUGUGAGAAUUAUUCACUGUAUAUAUGCAAUGCAAAAAAAAAACUACCCUUUAGGUAUUUUUUGAAGCUGUAUAUUAACAAAAUGUGGCGCAAGUUCCUUUUGAAUAAAGUAAUUUUUUGCAGUCUCAUCUGCACCCAGGAA